AUGCCGCUGCUCUUCCUCGAGCGCUUCCCCUGGCCCAGUCUCCGCACCUACACGGGCCUCAGCGGCCUGGCCCUGCUCGGCACCAUCGUCAGCGCCUACCGCGCUCUCAGCCAGCCCGAGGCCAGGCCCGGGCCUGGGCCCGCCGAGGCGGAGCCGGUAACGGCCCCGGUACAGCCAGACCCGGCCGCGCUCGUCCGGCCGAGCACCGGAGGACCCCGGGCCCGCGACGUGGCCCAGUACCUGCUCUCGGACAGCCUAUUCGUGUGGGUUCUAGUAAAUACUGCUUGCUGUGUUUUGAUGUUGGUGGCUAAGCUAAUCCAGUGUAUUGUGUUUGGCCCUCUUCGAGUGAGCGAAAGACAGCACCUCAAAGACAAGUUUUGGAAUUUCAUUUUCUACAAGUUCAUUUUCAUUUUUGGUGUGCUGAACGUCCAGACAGUGGAAGAAGUGGUCAUGUGGUGCCUCUGGUUUGCUGGACUGGUAUUUCUGCAUCUGAUGGUUCAGCUCUGCAAGGACCGGUUUGAAUAUCUUUCCUUUUCGCCCACCACACCGAUGAGUAGCCAUGGUCGAGUUCUGUCUCUACUGAUUGCUAUGCUGCUUUCCUGCUGUGGAUUAGCAGUUGUCUGUUGUGUCACAGGCUACACCCAUGGGAUGCACACAUUGGCUUUCAUGGCUGCAGAGUCUCUUCUUGUGACAGUGAGGACUGCUCAUGUGAUUUUACGAUAUGUAAUUCACCUCUGGGACCUCAACCACGAAGGAACGUGGGAAGGAAAGGGAACAUAUGUCUAUUACACAGAUUUUGUCAUGGAGCUCACUCUGUUGUCCCUGGACCUCAUGCAUCAUAUUCACAUGUUGUUAUUUGGCAACAUCUGGUUAUCCAUGGCCAGCUUGGUCAUCUUUAUGCAGCUGCGUUACCUGUUUCAUGAGGUACAACGUCGAAUCCGCCGGCACAAGAACUAUUUGCGAGUGGUUGGAAACAUGGAAGCCAGGUUUGCGGUUGCAACUCCAGAGGAGCUGGCUGUCAAUAACGAUGACUGUGCCAUCUGCUGGGACUCCAUGCAGGCUGCGAGGAAACUGCCCUGUGGACAUCUUUUCCACAACUCCUGUCUUCGUUCCUGGCUAGAACAAGACACCUCCUGCCCAACAUGCAGAAUGUCUCUUAAUAUUGCCGACAAUAAUCGUGUCAGGGAAGAGCAUCAAGGAGAGAAUUUGGAUGAGAAUUUGGUUCCUGUAGCAGCAGCUGAAGGCAGACCUCGCUUAAACCAACACAAUCACUUCUUCCACUUUGAUGGGUCCCGGAUUGCGAGUUGGCUGCCAAGUUUUUCAGUCGAAGUGAUGCACACCACCAACAUUCUAGGAAUUACUCAGGCAAGCAACUCCCAGCUUAAUGCAAUGGCUCAUCAGAUUCAAGAGAUGUUUCCCCAGGUUCCAUACCACCUAGUACUGCAGGACCUCCAGCUGACACGUUCAGUCGAAAUAACAACAGACAACAUUUUAGAAGGACGGAUUCAAGUACCUUUUCCCACACAGCGGUCAGAGAGCAUUAGGCCUGCAUUGAAUGGUCCUGUGGAGAGGCCAAACGGCGAGCAGGAGGACGGAGAAACUUCCACCCAGACCGAGCGGGUGCCUCUGGACCUCAGUCCUCGGCUGGAGGAGGCAUUGGACUUCGGCGAGCUGGAAGCGGAGCCCAGUGAAGGGCAGGACUUUGAGGCCCGGGGGAGCCGCUUCUCCAAGUCCGCUGACGAGAGACAGCGCAUGCUGGUGCAGCGCAAGGAUGACCUCCUGCAGCAGGCGCGGAGGCGUUUCUUGAACAGAAGUUCUGAAGAUGACUCAGCCUCGGACAGCUGCCUCCCCUCGGAAGGCACGACCUCUGACCCCAUGACCCUGCGUCGAAGGAUGCUGGCUGCUGCCGCGGAGCGGAGACUUCAGAAGCAGCAGAGCUCCUAG